GUGGUUACAGUAACUUCCAUCAAACCCAGCUGGGAAGAGGGUUUGAAAUUGCAUGCGAAGCUCCAUGUGAUUCGGCACAAUUCGGCUCUACCAUAGCUCUACGUUGUAAGGUGUUAGUUCAUGGUGGCAUACUGAAAACAGUGGAAAAUAACACAGACGACUGGGCAAACGAUUAUAGCCUCUGAGAUUGAUUGACGCGCUGUCGACAGCGCGCGCCGCCCAAUCUCGGAGAUCAUGCGACGACACAAGCAUUGUGUCCACGCCACACCAAAAGACUUUGGCCGCACACACGUUCUAAGAAGAAGAAAAAAAGAGAGAAGAUAAAAGCGAGGUAUGUAGGCAAAAUGCUAGACUGCAAUAGAUGUAGUAGAACCCGAUAACACAUCAUCAUCAUCACCUCCAUUUUGUCAGUUUCGUUUUCAUCCGCAGCAGCGCAGUCAGCGCCGCCCAGCUGAGUUGGUUUACUCUAUGGUCCGCCGCUACCUGGCUACUUGCGAGAAGCAACUACGACACGACACCAAGAAAAAUAGAAAAGCGCCCAUCUCGUCAUCCAUUCUCCACGUUACGAUUGUGUUCUGCAUUUACAGUACCUUUGGCAAGAAAAAAAUGUCAACGAAAAGCACUAAAGGUGUGCGUAAACUAGAACGUCCUCGUCCACUGAGGUCAAACUCCGAUUCAGACAAGUCUCCAUCAUCUCUUCUCAGUCCAGCAGAGAGUGUGACUAUGCUACUUGACACAAAUGCACAGUGCAGUGUGAGUGAUGAAGAUGUGCUUAAUGAGAUUGAAACACUUCAUGUCUCAUUGAACAAUGGAAACUACGAUGCAACCAUAUUGGCUCUAAUUGCCAAUGUCUGUGAUCUGCUUAAACUAAAGGGAGCUUCCAUGGAAUCUUCCUUCAAAGAUCAAUUGGACUGUUACUUUGUGACUCUACGUAAUGCGUCCCGUGACGAGAGGCUAGAUGUAAUAGGCCGUUUGAGGUUCCUUGAGGUGAUUGAACUGCGGGCCUCUGGAUGGAAGUGCAAUGAUAAUUUGACUGAUUAUUUCAAGUGCAAGCUUGCAGAACUUGAGGCCUGCGGUAAACCCAUGAAGCGUGGUCAUGCAGCCUGGGAAACAGGGCUGCAGUUUGCACUAGGCCAUGAAUUCAGUCCAUUGUACAACUCUCCACCAACACAAGUGGCCUAUUUGCAACAGCCUCAACAACAGCAGCAGCCACAGCAAGCUCAGCAGCAGCACUCAAUGGCACCCAUUACACCAGCAACAUCGCCACCACUCUCGCUGCAGCCCACGGAAGUGUUGAAGAGCUCAGGGAAGUUUGGCAAACCAGCAAAGAUUCCAGGCCGCAACUUUCUAAAAGAUGAAAUUGUUAUUCGAAACUCCGACUCUGGCAAAGUGAUGGGCAUCAAGGGGCGUCGUGUUCAUAUGAUUGAAGAGCUGAGUGACACGGUGAUCUCCUUCCAGCGAGUAAAUCCAGGUGUGCGAGACAGGCUGGUACAGAUAACAGGUCCCAGUGAGGAGACAAUAACGCGAGCUAAAGAGCUGAUCGAAGAUACUAUUCGACGCAAUGCAUCUCCAGUUCGGGAAAUGGGAGAUGAGGCAUCCAACAAUUAUGGCGUGGGGGCUAAAGAGUCCUGCCAGAAGCCUUCCCUGGUGCACAGUUACAGCAUGGGUGAUGCUAGUGUGGGGGAAUACACCACCACCAUCACUGUGGGCAGAGAAACCAUCCGAAUCAGUGGACACAAGGCUGUCCUGGUUAAGUCAGCCAAGUUGUUCCUGGAGAAGUAUUUAUCUAACAUGGGUGACUUCACUGACAAGGCAACUAUGGACAUGCUCUCUGCAUCAAACCAAGGAUCUUACAUGUCUCCUGAGCCAACCAUGCUCUCUAAUAACCGAGGAGUGUCUGAAAUGUGCACUGAAGCAGCAUCAUGGCAGGGGCUUGCUGUCAGGAGAGACAGUGGCCCACCAAGCAGCCAGACUAGCAGCUCGAGUGACGAGGAGACGUACAAGGAAGAUGUUGAACAAGAACUUGUGGCAAGCGGUGAAAAACGAAUGACGGAGUGCAGUGCUGAUCCAUGUGAUGACAUUCCCCGGUUCGCCAUACUAUUGGAUAAGGAAGCCAGCCUGUCUCCGAAGCACAUUUCUCGGUCUGGCAGCAUAUUGAAGAACUUGCCUGCUCAAAUCGUCACCAGAACAUCGAGUGUUGCUGAGGUGCCUGGGCAGACAAAGCAGUUCAAGCGAUCUGGGAGCUCACCAGAGUUUUCUGCCAAGGCUGACCGUCCUCAAGUGCCUUCCUCUGCUUCGUCAGAUGUUUCUGAUGCACCAAUUGACGUGGUGUCAAAGUGCAAGAACUACUCGCGAGACACUCUCCUUCAGUUGUCACACUCACCAUUUGCCACACAGAUGCCACCAGAUUUCCCUUCAUUGGACCCUGAAGUGGCAAACUUAAUGGUGAAGCAGCACAUCACCCCUUUUGACUCUGAUGGGUUCCGGCAACGGAUGAUGCGUCAGGCCUCAGUCUCCGACUUUGUGUCAAGUUCUCCGGUUUCCUCCACACCACCGCGUUCUGAUGUGUUGGAGAUGGAUGACCCAGAUAGACAAAAGUACAGUCACUACAUGGACAGGAUCUCCAUCCCCUGGCAACUUGAAAAGAGGUUCAUCGUUCAUCGUGUGAAGACUGACACCAAGAGAGAAAUGUUGACCAUGGCUGCUGAAGCUGAAUGCCCAGGACAGGGCUGAUCAUUGUUCCAAAACAGCUUAUUACCAAAGUUCUUAACAAAGUUAUAUAUUCAGAAAGGUUUGCUCUUCACAGUUGCAAUUAUAGGUUGUGGUUAUCUUCUAAUGAUGGUUUAUGUUCUGCAAAAGGCUGCUUUGCUUUACAGUGACUGGAAGAAAUGUAUUGUGUUUGAAUUUAAAAGCAUCAGACAUGUAGUGUUGACCUAAAUGCAAACAACUUAAUCAACCUUGAAUAAGCUGAAAGACCUUAUUUUGCUAAAUUGCUGCUUCAUCUUUUGCAUUUGCUUUCUGUCUGUCUUGAUGUCAUUUACAAUUAUGUUGAUUGACUGUACUUGUGUACAAGACUGCUGAUCUAAAUGUGUGCUUUUUUGUGUAUGGUGUGUUUUCCUACAUUUCUUGAAAUUACUUUUUGGGAUUGUGUGUCACUAUUUAUUUUAUGUGGGCAUUUAAAAGCUGGAAUAGCUUUAAAAGAAGCCUUUACAUCUUCCAUUCAUUCUUGAGAACAAUUGUAUAGAAAAGUAGGAUUUACAAACAAAAAAAAGGAGCAAACGAUAAAGCUCGCACUGUAGUGACGAGCAGCAGAAUCUUUUUCCUCCUGAAACAAGGCAACAUAUGACAUAAAAGAAAGAAAAAAAAAAGGUUGAUGAGAAAGGCAAAUACCAGCACAAAGUGAGGUAAAGCUAGGACAGAUAAGCUCCUUAUGUCCUUUUUGCUGAAUGGUAAAGGGUUGGUUCUAAAAUAAUCCACAUGCAUUGGUUAAGGGACUCUCUUUCCGAUUGUCACAUUGUAAAGAAAUGGAUUGCUUUGGCAAAUGUGGCACUGUAUGACUAAAUUGCAGCCUGUUGUCUUUUGCAAUGUGCUGGUGUGUUUUGAAGCGUCACUGAUGCAGCACCCUGUUCACCUAACAGAUGAUGACUUGCAAAAAGGCAGGAAUAUCUAAUAAUGGCAGUUGGAAUGUAUGUUUUGUAUCCAGCUUUUACUUUGAAGGUGCUUGGUGUGUUUGGCUGGGCUUGACUGUCCACAUUCUGGAAGUGGGUGCUAAGCUCAGCUGGGGCACUGAAAUCAAGAUGGGUGUCCAUUGUAGCAGCUGCAGAUAGUAUUUUUCCUCUUACCUUACUCUUGCUGUUUUGUUGAAAGGAGGUGCUCAGAAAAUGUGCAUUGUGGUACCCAGCUUCAAUUAGCUGUUGGACCUUCACCUCAAAGUUUACAGGUAUCUCCUAAGGGUAAGAGUUGUCAGCUUUCUGGGCAAAGAUGUCUGGAUCCCCAACUUAGGAGUAAGUAGGAAAAACGACACUAAGGGCUUGUAUGGGCAUAAUAUAUCAUACUUGCUAAGAAUUGUUUUCAGUGCUCCACCUAAGCUAGUGCCUUAGGCAUGAAAGUGGACCGUCAAGUGCCUCAUUGACAAAACACCAUGCAGUCCAUUAUUGACAAGAUUCAUGAGCUUGUCAGCACAAUGGAAUCUGAGACUGGCAAGAAUUUAGAAUCGCACUGUAGCACUUGCAAGUGCAAUGCAUUCUUUUUUUAAGGUAGCAGUCAAAUUAUUCUCAAUGUACACAAGAAAUAUUGGAGCAUUUGUAAUUCACAAAAAAAAAAAAACAUUUUUAAGUAUACUGUCAUUUGCAUUACUAAAGUUCAUUUGCCUGUCUUCCCAGCAAUUAUCUUGUACUGUUGUUUGUACUGCUUUUCUUCACGAUGCAAAAUCAACUUGCCCAGUGUUUUUUUUAUGCUCUUUAGUUGCAGCACUGCCGAGCCGUCAUUGCCAGUGUUUAAUGUUAUUCAGUGCCUUCAAAUUGAAGAGUCAGUAACUUAAUAAAAUAUGCUAUGCUAGCUAUGCAAAUGCUGCUUGCAUGAGUGAUUCGCGGGCAUUGGCAGACAAUUUUCAUGAAAUAAGCUAGACAAAUACACAACUAAAAGUUGUUUUAAUUUUGCAACUACAAUAUAUGUUUACAUUAAAAACAUGUAUCAUAUUUUUGGGAUUGUGUAUUGCUAUUUAUUUUAUGCAGACAUCUAAGCUGGAAUAGCUUUAAAAGAAGCCUUUACACCUUCCAUUCAUUCUUGAGGACAAUCGUAUUUGAAGACAACUCCGUUUUGUUUGUUCUAGAUGGUUUGUAUUUGAAAAGGAAUAUUCAUCAUCAAAUUUUCUACUCUCUACACUAAUCACAUUCAGAAACAGUAGUUUGACAAAUCCUCAAUUUAACAUGGAUUUCUCGUAGCGUACCACUCUCGAAAUCUGGCAGAGCUUAUAAUAGCUGUGCUCCUUUUUUUUUGGCUGGCAAAACUAGACGAUUCAGCUUUCUCCAGCAAUCAACUGUGUAAUAUGGGAGGUUUGUCUUUGUCUCAGGCUUCUACUUCUGAAUGUGAAAUUGGAAAGUUUUAGCUUCAGGGAUGCAAGCCACACCCGAGCAUUGGGGGACGCACACCACGGGGCAUAUAAAAGAAUGCAAAGUGAGCACAAAAGAGCACGAAGCACCCCCAAUUGAGUUUGCGCCUGCCAACCUGGGUGUGGUUUGCGUCCCCAAAUCUAAGAUUCCCUGUUAACGUACCAAUUAUCAAAUUUGCUGACCAUUUCAAAACUAAAAAAAAUGAGGUCAUCUUUAAAUGAUAUUGUCAAGUUUUUAAUAUAUACCAUAAUUGCAAAAUUUCAAAGUUAUAAAAAAUAUGUAUUUGUGGACUCUAAUUUGCAAGAAGUGUGUCUGCCAAAAUGCGUUAACUAUUUGUACAAUCAACGUUUGCCAGCUAGCCUAGCACUUUUAUUAAAUUACUGACACUUUUAACUUAAACACACUGUAUACCUUCUUGUCAUACUUGUGGGAAAAUGCAGCAAAUGUACCAGUUGGUUGUGCAGGACAGGGUUCAGCAUGGUUCAGCAGCUUUAGCUGCGUGGACAAAACACCGAGUUACAAUUUGUUUUUCACUUGCAACUUUUGGUUAUUACAGUUUUCAGGUGCUGCUUUAUCUGUGUUUUGAAAGUUCCUGCAGGGUCCAGUGAAUGUUCCAUGUUCAUAUUUUCUAGUUUUUCCUUAACCAGUUUUGGAGUUCAAAAAUCACAGUCGUGAAUGCUGGGCUGACUAUAGGAAAGCUACAAACAUUCUAAAAAUUUCUGUGAACACUGGCUAUAACGUUUUUUUGUUGAAUUGGUGCUUUUAUCCAUUGCCUCUGCCUUUAAUUCACAUUGCUAAAGUGCUGAUUUGGUUUUAGAUUGUAUAUGUGAAUUUUACUCUUAAGUGGACUUUCUUGUCUCUAGUUUUACAUUGUAUUUAAACUUGGUGGCCAUUUUUAUGGUAUUAAUGCUCCUGAUGCACAACUAUAUUGUGAGUGAUAUAAAGACUGGUGAAUUUUGUAGCCAUGGUGCAUAUUUGUAGCCACCAGUACCAUGGUUCAUGUAAUGAUGUCUGGUUAUGGCUACGGCUGUAGUCUUCCGGGAACAGGAACAAAUAAAUCGUGUUCAUUCUUGA